CCGGUGAAGAUGUUGCGGUGUCCGAGUGCUGUGUUACUGUGUGCGCUGCUGCUCAGGGUGUCAGGGGAGCCCUGGGAAGAAGGGGCAGAUGACGACCCGCACAAGAAGAACCUCUACUCGGCCGAUAUGUUCGAUCAUGCAGUCAAGCAGGAGCCUCACUUCAUCAUGUUCUUCGCUCCCUGGUGCGGUCAUUGCCAGCGUCUGCAGUCCACUUGGAAUGAGCUGGGGGACAAGUACAACACUAUGCCAAAUACUCCAGCCUACAUUGCCAAGGUUGACUGUACUACUGAUAUGCCCACGUGCACUAACCAUGGCGUCAGAGGAUAUCCCACGCUGAAACUGUUUAAACCAGGCCAAGAAGCUGUGAAGUACCAGGGACCCAGGGACUUGCAGAGUUUGGAAAACUGGAUGCUGCAGACUCUAAAUGCUGAAGCAGAAAAACCUAAGGUUGAAGAAAAGGCUGAAGACCCUGCUAAAGUUCCAGAACUUAAACAAGGCCUGUAUGAACUUACUGGAGCCAAUUUUAAGGAGCAUGUCGCAGAAGGAUAUCAUUUCAUCAAAUUCUUUGCACCAUGGUGUGGACACUGUAAAUCUUUGGCUCCUGCAUGGGAACAACUCGCAGCAUCCUUCCAGGACUCUAAAAGUGUUAAAAUUGCCAAGGUUGACUGCACUCAACAUAAUGAGCUUUGCUCUGAAUACCAAGUGCGUGGAUAUCCUACUCUGCUGUGGUUCAGGAAUGGAGAAAAGGUUGAUCAGUAUAAAGGAAAGCGAGAUCUGGAUACUAUGAAAGAAUAUGCUGAAAGCCAAUUGAAGCCUGCUGAAGAAAAGAAAGAGGAGGAACAGAAGAAGGAGGCCACUCCACCUCAAGUACAGGAGACUGUGGAGUCCAAAGUCCUGUCUCUCAGCGAAAGCAACUUUGACCAGACUGUUGCUACAGGUGUCAGUUUUAUUAAAUUCUAUGCCCCCUGGUGCGGUCACUGUAAGAACCUAGCCCCAAUAUGGGAGGAUCUUGCCAAAAAAGAAUUUUCUGGUAUGAGUGAUGUUAAAAUUGCCAAGGUUGACUGCACAGCUGAGCGUUCUGUCUGCAGCAGAUUCUCAGUGCGUGGUUACCCAUCAUUGCUGCUUUUCCGUGCAGGGGAAAAAAUUGGUGAACAUGAAGGUGCUAGAGAUCUAGAAACACUACAGAACUAUGUCCUACGUCAUUCCAGGGAUGAACUUUAAACCCAUCCUGAACCCUAUGGGUUUGAGAUGCCUUACUGGGCAACAAAGUUACUGAAUUUUUUAUAUGCAGUAUGGGGUUUAAUAAAUGCGUUCAAUUGGGUGAUCUAUCCUUGUGUUUUACAACACAGAAAAACGGUAAAAAAAAGGCCAUUUUUAUACCUUGUUAGAGCUUUUAGGCAAAUAUCACAUCUGGCGUUUUCCCACCAGUGCAGAGAUGCCUAUAACUGCCCAUUUAAGGUAACACCGUAAGUAUACACAGGUUUGGGCUUGAAAAUGAACAAUUAAUUGAGAAAUUCACCAGAUGUGACAUUGGCCUUAAGCAAUAGUCAAGGAGAGUCCUCUACAAAAAUACCUCUCAGGAUUUAGUUUCAUACCACUAUAUAGGACAGUACCUCUCGAUGAGAACAGAGAUCCACAGGUAUUCUCUAAAACAAUUACAUUCCUUCCAACUGCACUUCUAGAUUUUUUUUUUUCUUAAUAUACUGUGGAUUUGGAAUAUGUUGAAGUGCCUUAUUUGGUGGAACGGAGUUUAAAAGGAGUUGUUUUUGCGGAUAACACGGAUCCUAGAAGACUAUACACUGCAAAAAAGAAGUCAUUUUCUAUUGUGUAUAUCAUCAAAUAACCCUUUUGUACCUGAUGGGAAAAAAUGUGACCAUGAAUCCUUACAAAACGUAUUUCUUUGGUCAUUUUGUAUUGUUCAGCAUCUCCAACAUUUUCUAGUUGGUAGUGCAACUGCAUCAAUAAAACAUCUGAGUGGA